ACUAAUGGUGAGAAUGAUGACCUGUUACAACUUGAAUUUACUAACAGUCAGAAUAGAAAUGGAGCCUUUAGAACUAUUGUAUCUCUUUUGCACACACUUGUUCCUUUCUUGGUUUCUUGUGACCCACCUGUCUUGAAGAAUGGUGACACAUUAAAACUAAGGUUUAGUGGGGAUGGACGACAAGUGGGAAGGAGUCAGAGUCAUGUGUUAAUGACAAUGUGUGUUCUAAAUGAAGGUGAAGCAGUGUUAACCCCAAAUAAGCAAUACACUAUCUGUUUAUAUAUAGGAAAGGAGUCAUACCAAUCAUUGCAAACAGUUGCUAAGCUCUUCACAUCAGAACUCAAUGAAUUGCAAAAUAAUGGGUUCACAGAUGAACAAGGAAAUACCUG